CGAGUUCAAGCGUGUGAGAGAAGAGAGAAUGCUGGAUGGACUCCAGUGCCACAGUUCGGAGGGUGGGACCAAAAAGGAAUAGACGCAACAGACUACUCGGUUGUGUUUACUAAAGCUCGCGCUAACAGGAAGCUGAACAAAGCUGAUGUCUCACAUUCUUUGGGAAGCGAACAAGAACUCAUGGCAAGUGCUCGUCGUCACCACCAUCACCAACUUCACCAUCGCCGCGAAACCCAAGAUGAUGACCCUGUCAUGAAGAAGAAGAGGAUCUUGACCUACAUCAAUUGUUGCAUCAGACCAAACUAGGGCCUAUGUUCCAGAGUUGCAAUUGUAAAGACAUCAGUGUUCUGUAAUCUAUCUGCGCCAUCCGUUAAGAUACUCAUGGUUGGUGUAUACAUUUUGAGUUCUGCCUUCAAGUCCGAUAUGAGAGUUAAGAUAACAUGAACCAAAUUUCUGUCAAAUCCCAUAUAUUAAUUAACACUUACGAGCCAUGCUUGCAAUGUCAAAUUUGCAACUACGCAUGCAUCCUAAACCCAAAAAUAAUAGACGUUUUUUGAACUC